AUGAUUCACGGCGCGACAAAUAAAUUGAAUACUAGUUAUGACAAUCAAAUGUUCGUAAUAGACGACAUUAAUCGUCAACAAACAAUCGCUUGGUUAAAAUCUUUGGAAACACCAAAGCCUAUUACAGUGCCAAAGACUCUACUACAAAUACCCGUUUUCACUACCAAGAAAGACUUGUCUUCCUCUAGCGCGAGACCAUGUGAGAGCGGGAAAGAGAUAUCCUCAAUAUUAUCGGAAACAAAUAUUCAAAAUACACCAAAUGAUAAUAAUGACCGUCUCUUCGACGACGACGAAAAUGAACUUACUCCACAGAAUGAUCUUUCAGAUAAAAACUUGAAAGAUCUUUCGAAAAAUUUUGAAAGCUUACAACUAUCAUUACUUGAACCAUAUAGUGAAUGCAGCGACACAACAACACUAAAUGAUUUCGAUGACGAGAAAGAAAUGUUAGAUGAUGUUGUAUUUUACGCUAGCGAUUUUCUAGAUAAUUUUAUCGAGUCAAAAAAAUUAAAUAUUAUAUGUAUAUGA